GCCGGUACAGUGGCUGCGUGACAGUCUGCGGAACUUGCGAGUUGGUGGGCACCGGUAGUUGGUUUGUAAUCUAUGGUAAUGUCGCGCCGGUUUCAGCGGUGCUGUGUGAUAUUGUGAUGUUGAAUUGUCACUGUGUGUUGCCGAAGUAUUUUAUUUAUAUUUGCAUGACUUUGUUCACGGUGUAGCGUGGCUUAACCAUGUCAGCCAGACGCGAUAACAGUCGCGUGUUGCGCGCAUUGCGUGAUUUAGACAACAUGUUCGGUUCCCGUGAAUCGGAUUCCAGUGCUACCGAUGACACCAUAGCACGGCAGCUCUCAUUUGCGGAAAGCAUCUUGGAAACUCGGAGUGACUCUAGUUACAGCUCAGAAGCAAGGUCAGCUGAAGCUGAAAUUCGAGCACUAAAGGCAGAGUUGCUUCACUGCAGAGCAGAGAUCAGUCGGCUCACCCUGCAAAAGAAUGAGGAGGAACCUGCACGAAAGACGCUUGUUAUUAGUUACACCCGAGAAGUGGAUACACUUCAGGAGCACUUACAGAAAGAGCGAGAUAUAAAUGCCGAGCUGAAGCAGCAGGUGAUAAAGGCUCUGGAGAAAGAUGCUGAGAACAGGGCAGAAAUCUCACAGCUGCGACAGCAGACAAAAAACCGAGUGUCAGAACUGGAAGAGCGGUUGCAACGUUCCCAAGCGCUAUGCCUCGAACUUCAGCAGCAGAUGGACCAGACGAAAGAAUCUGCCCAGGAAACCACAUUUGCACUGGAAGAAGAAGUCCGGAGACUUUCAGGAAGUCAGUUGAUGCUGCACACCUCUCUUGAAGAAGCCAAGGAUCAAGUUGAAGUACUCAAAAGACAUAUCCGUGAGAAAGAGCUCCUUAUCUCCCAUUUACAAAGUGAAAAUUCUGAGGCUCGAAAGGCGGAAACCAAAGCUAAGGAACUCCAACGACAACUUGAAGACCUGAAGGAAACAGAGAAACUCUCACGCAUAAUGAAGGAUGAGCUGAAACGACUACCACUUGUCGAAAAAGAGUUGGCAAAGCUUCAGGAAGAAGUUGAGCAACACCGGCGGGCACGCAUGAAUGUGCACCUUAUACAGGAACGCUUGUUGGCAGCACAGCACAACUCAGCCAAGCUGAAAGAACUGCAGACACUCAACAGUCGGCUACAGGUGAAUGUGGAGCAGCUUCAAGAACAACUGGAACAGUGGAAGGAGUUGGCUGCUGAACCACAUGGUCUCACGAGCCCGAGAGCAGUGCUGCAGUGCCUGGCUGACCUGCGGCACUCUGAGUUAGCUCUGACUGAACGACAGUCAAAGUUAUUAGCAGAGAAUGAGACACUACGGAGCAAGGCAGAGACCAACAGCCAGGAGCUUCGACGAACAAAUGCGAAGCUUGUGAAAGUCCAGUCGCAGUUUGAUGAGCAGACAGCAUUGCUGCGUAGAAUGCAGAGACGCUUGCUUCUCUUGGGGAAGGAGAGGGAAGCUUACCGGGCCAUGAUAGAGAGCUACCAGAAAGAAGCUGGCCCCGAUUGGCCCGCUGCAGCUGCCAAGCAGAUCCAAUUUCUGGAGAAUGUACUCACAGACUAUCGCCACUCCCUAGAACAGGUAGACAAAGAGUUAGAAGAGCUACGAUGUCAGAGGAUGUCGGAUUUCACUACAGCCAGUGUGCAGGUGCAGACAGACGACAUUCAAUUUGCCAAUGCUACGCCGGAGGAUCCAAACUACCGUGUGGUGCAUUUAGCAGAGAAUCCUUUGGAGAUGGCUUUUCGGCAACGCAUAGAGAAUGUGAACAAACUGGAAGAGGAGAACGAGCGGCUACGCGCAAGGGUCAAGGUCCUGGAAGAGUUUGGCUGUGUUCAGGACGUGACUGCUCAGGUGCAGCUGAAGCUGGACCAGGAUGGUGCUCUUCCUGAUCGAAAAAGCCUUCAAGAGCAGCUGGCAUCAGCCGAGGCCAAGAAUAGGCGUCUUGUGGAUGCAUUUCGCCGAACCAGUCAAGACUUUCGGCAUGGCUGCUACGCAUUGACUGGCUACCGUAUUGAUGUGCUGAGUCAGGGUCACUACAAGCUUACGCACAUGUAUGCUGACUCUCCUGACGACUACCUGCUUUUUCAAAAUGCCCAGCAGAAGAUGAAUGUCCUGGAGACAGAUUAUCUGCGCCAACUUCAGGGACUGGCUAGCACUUACCUCGAGAAGUAUGACAGCAUCCCAGCUUUUCUCAGUGCUCUAACACUGAAGCUUUUUGCUCAUCGGAAUGACCUCGAAGACUUACAGCUGUGAAUCAGGAAAUCGUCGCCGCUGGAGGACGAAAAUGAGGACGACGAUUAUGGUGAGGACAUCGCAAAGCACGCGCAGACGUAGCAGACGAACUAGCAACACGAAGCUCGGGCGCCGGCGAGCGCUGGCAUGCGUAUACGUCACAGUUCUCUGCAAUCACGUGCCCAGCUGUGUUUACAUUCCUUCUUUGGCCAUCUCGUUGCUCUCUGAAGCCGAAACUUGGACUGGUCGCUACAAACUAAACUCCAAAUAAUUAUCUGUCAUGCUGUGAAGCAAAUGAUGUUUCGUGCCAUGAUUACUGGGCGAUUAGCUACUUAUUGCAGGGGAAAAACCAAGAUGGAAAAUUUUUGUGUCACUACUUCUUUAAAGAACAGUCUUGUUAAUACAGUUAAACCUCUCAAAAUGAAAUUGGCGGAGAACACCUAAAAGUUUGCUUUCGUUAUAAUUUCGUUGUUGUAAAAUGAGACAGCACAGAUAGGUAAUACAGUCAAACCCACUUAUAACGAUACCGGUUUUAACAAUGUAUCGGUUAUAACAAUGAGAAGCUGCUGCACCGUCAACUUUUGUAUGUUUUUCAUGGUGAAAUAGCCCGCUUACUACAAUACCCCGAUGCCACAUUAUCAGUUAUAAUGAUUAAGAGUGGCUGCUGGGUGUCCAAGCCGAAAUGUAGUGAAAUGCGAAAUCCUUGAUAAGAAAAAAAAAGAAAUUCGAGCCACUGCAUGAUGGCCCACUGCUCCACCAGCUGCCACAAGCUCAUUUUCCAGCCUUCUCCAUGCGCCUCUUUCCAGUCGCCCUUCCACCCCUCUGAACACGAAAGGGCUGCACCCAUAGCUCUACGCCGUGCCAGCCUCCGAAACAUGAGUGGACCACGCCAACUGCACUGCUCGCAUCUUACUCGCUGGCUCUGACUGGCUCCUCAUUCAACACAUUUUUGCAAAUAGUUUAGUCGCUCGUGUUCGUUUUUGUAGGUUGCAUUGAAAUCGUUCGUGACCAUGUUACCGUUCGUGACCAUGUGACCGCCGAAACGGUAGAUGGCUGAUCCGCCCGCUGAUCAUCAGCAAUGCACGAUGUUGCCAGUGAAAAGAAAGCGCACAGCUAUACAUUUGGAAGCUAAGUGCUUCUAGCUGAUGAGGUGAUCGUCGCGAAUGUUCUUAUAUUGGAUAGCGACAGCAACAAUGGCAGCAAUGAUACAGUAGGGCAGGCUGCCUCAAUCUUGUCCUGAUGCUUGUGGCGAUUUAACCUCAGCUUCUCUUAUGGAUUUCUCAAGCCGACAGGCUGCCGCAGCAACCUUCUUGCAUUUUUUAAAAGG